AUGAGGAAUACACUCAUCUUCUCAGGGACCUCGUGCCCUGCCCUCACAGGCAAGAUAUGCGAGAACCUAGGCAUGGCCCCGGCUGAGGCCGAGCUAUCGCAAUUCUCCAAUGUGUGUUAUUUUGGUCCAGUCCUCGCCGCUUCUGCUUCUGCUUCUGGCGAAACGAGCGUCCGCAUCUUGACUAGUGUCCGAGAGAAGGAUGUCUUCGUCGUGCAGUCUGGGAGCCCCAAGAUCAACGACACCAUUAUGGAGCUUCUGAUCAUGAUAUCAGCUUGCAAAGGUGGUUCGGCAAACAAGAUCACUGCCGUGCUGCCUUACUUCCCCUACAGCCGACAGUCCAAGAAGAAGUCUCAUCGGGGUGCAAUCACGGCGAGAAUGCUGGCCAACUUGCUGCACGUCGCGGGCGUCAAACAUGUUAUUACGGUUGAUCUCCAUGCUUCGCAGAUGCAAGGCUUUUUCAAAUGUCCCGUGGAUAACCUCCAUGCCGAGCCUCUGAUUGCGCGUUGGAUCCGACGAAACGUUCCUAAUUGGAAAGAUGCUGUCGUCGUCUCCAAGAAUGCUGGAGGAACCAAGAGGGUUACAUCCUUGGCCGACGCCCUCAAGCUCAACUUCGGUAUCGUAACGACCGACCGCAGGCGUGCGGGCACCAACAUGACUGCCAGCAUGAUCAUGAAUCAGCUGGAUGGGUUUGAGGAACCACCUUCGGUCAACGGCAAUGGGAACAGGCACUCUUGGGCCAUGUCGGACGAUCAGGACUCGACUCGCUCCCAAGAUGGUAAUGGUGCUGCACCCACACGCCACAUCGUGGCAGACUCUCAGGGCUCUCCGAGAAGCUCCCACGGCCCCCCGUUGCGGACUAAUGGUCUGACGCGGUCACCGUUUACACGAGCCCUCCAUACACCCUCCCAAACCUCCCCAAUCGACGAACUGGGGGAGGACGAGGAGGAGGCCCAGGAUUACAACGACGAACGUGCGCAAGUAGUUACCCAUGGCCGACUGGUACAAGGUCACAUUGUGCCUGACGAUUAUCCUUCGGGAAGUCAGUCAGAAGCGGGCGGUGAGGGAAGCCAAUCGUACCAGGCCACCGAAGCAGAGGACACAAUGGCCAUGUCUCAUGCGUCUUCCUUCUUUGCACCCGAGCCACAUGCUCUCGGUGGUUCUGGCGAUGCCGAACCAUCAUCGGACGAAGAAGAUGAGAAGCUCCAGGAUCCCAAGUUGGAACACAUGAUCACUCUGGUUGGCGAUGUCAAAAACCGCUUCGUCUUGAUCGUUGAUGACAUGAUUGACAAGCCAAGUUCCUGGAUUGCUGCAGCUGAGACGGUGGUCAAGAGAGGCCACGCUAAGAAGGUGUACUGCAUGGCGACGCAUGGUGUGUUUGGAGGUGACUGCCUCGAACAGCUUCAGGCUUGCGAAUGCAUCGACCAGAUCAUCGUUACCAACAGUUUUCCCAUCAGCGAACGCAAGGCAAGGGACGCGAGUAAGUUGGUCAUCCUGGACCUUUCCUUCUUGCUUUCCGAGGCUAUCCGGCGAAACCACUACGGCGAGUCCAUCUCGCCGCUUUUCCAACAUAUUGUGGACUAA